GGUGAAGGGAGACGCGCCAAGGGUUGAACCCAGGAUCUUCAAGCCCGUCUCAACGCAAUAACAUCCAGUUCUAGUCGAAAAAUGCCAAACAAACGAAAAGUGCUCACUUUUCCCAUACAUCCCUAUAGGAGUAUCCAAAGUACACAAAAGCUUUUUCCAUUAAUAGAUUUCAUGAGUUGUAAAAUUCCAAACAGAUGCUUAUCAGAGUCACGUCCCAUUGAUCAGAUACCACAGGAGUCGUUAAACGACCUGUUGUACUACAGUAGCAUUAAGCUGAUGAUGGAACACCCUGACACUCAAACAGUGCAUGUCAAUUCUUAUCUAUAGCCAUUACGAAGCGAACUUAAUCGACUUACAAUCUCCAAAAUAAUACAAACUUGAUGCCUUUGCUGGGGGACGCUAUAGACAACAGAAUAAUACACAUGAUGAUAACCGAUGAUAAGAUAAUAUAUCGAUUAUCCAUUGGUAUAAAAGUAAACAGUUUAGGCCAAAUCCGAUUAGUGCUCUUUUAUGUAGCGCCAAAGUCGUUUAAAAUGAAAAUUGUUCUAAUGUUAGCGUGCCUUCUGGCAGUGACACUAGCCGAAGAAAGUGCCCCGAAGUGUGUAGCUUCGCCGACAACUGCUAGCGGAAGUCAAGCACGCGCCGGUCCAUACUGCUCUGGAGAUCUUAUCUUCGAAGAUAACUUCAACUUUUUGGAUUUAGAGAAAUGGGAACACGAAAAUACUCUAGCCGGUGGUGGUAACUGGGAAUUCCAAUGGUAUACCAACAACCGAGCGAACUCUUACUGCGAAAACGGUAUUUUCUACAUUCGUCCCACUUUGGUUGCUGACGAUACUGGCGAAGGCUUCCUGAGCAGUGGAACCUUGAACCUUCAUGGAGGUCAACCGGCUGAUCUGUGCACUGGUCCAUUCUUCUAUGGUUGUGAACGUGCUGGAAAUGUUAAUAACAUCAUCAACCCAAUCAAAAGUGCUCGGGUACGAACCGUGGAAUCAUUCAACUUCAAGUAUGGACGCAUGGAAGUUAGAGCGAAGGUACCAACUGGAGACUGGUUAUGGCCUGCUCUUUGGCUUUUGCCGAAACGUCAAGUCUAUGGAUCGUGGCCGGCCUCUGGCGAAAUCGAUCUGAUGGAAUCGCGUGGUAACAUUGACUACCGCAAUGGAGGCGUACAUAUUGGUGUUGAACAAGUUGGUUCUACUUUGCACUUUGGACCUAACCCGGAUCAGAAUGGUUGGGCCACCACAGUUGCUUACAGAAAUUCAGCUGCCGGACAAGGCUUCAACAACGGUUUCCAUUUGUACCAGCUCGAAUGGACCCAAGAUCACAUUACGUUCAGCGUGGACAACCAAGUGCUCCGACGAAAUGACGCUGGUGCCGGAUUCUGGGCUAAGGGUGGCUUUGUUACUACUUCGCCAGCUUCCGAGAAUCCUUGGAUGCAUGCCACCAACAUGGCUCCAUUCGAUCAAGAGUUCUACAUCAUUAUGAAUUUGGCUGUCGGAGGAACCAACGGUUUCUUCCCAGAUGUUCCACCGGCGACCAAUGGUGCCCGCGGUAAGCCUUGGGCAAACACCUCGCCAACUGCAGCCCGUGACUUCUGGAAUGGCAGGAAUUAUUGGGUCCCGACUUGGCGCAUGGGCGAAAACAGAGGCAAGGAGUCCUCUUUCCAAGUGGAUUAUGUGAGAGUCUGGGCUUUGUAGUUUAGACAGAUAUAAAUAAAAUUUUAGCAGGAAA